CAGACCGGGAACACCCCACAAGAGCUGCAGUUUUGGAGAUGCUCUGAUCCGGUCGUCUAUUUGGCCCUUCAUCAAACUCGCUCAAAUCCUUACACUUGUCCAUUUUUCCUGCUGCUAACACAUCAACUUUGAGGACAAAAUGUUGACUUGCUGUCUAAUAUAUCCCACCCACUAACAGGUGCCAUGAUGAGAUCAUCAGUCUUAUUCACUUCACCUGGCACUUGUCAUACAUUACUCUUCUCUAAUACUUAAAUUUUUAUCCUAAAAAAUAAACACUGAAAUAACUUUUAUCAUUCCAGGAAGUAUGAGACUGGACGGAAAGUAAAAACCACUUCAUCCUGUUUCUACGCGUCUUCUACCCAGUUACUGUCUGAUUACUAAAAUCUGAUUGGUCCCCGGAGUUGGUGGGGGGCGGGGUCAUCCGCGUGUUAGCGUGUAAUCGAAACUUUACUGGUUUCCGCAUAGAACGAAAGUGAACCUGAACGUGUGUGUGUGUCUGUGUGUGUGUGUACACACAUCUCCUGCUUUUUGCAGUUCGGGUUUAUUUCAUCUUUUCUAAAUGGACGCUGGGCAAAUGAAUUAUGUCGGUUUGCUUCACGAGCUCGCGAGCAGAAAAGGCUGGUCUGUCGAUUUCCAGGAGGCGACUGCUGGACCAGACCACAUUAAAAAGUUCACUUCGAAGGCUGUGGUGAACGGUAUGGUGUAUCCUGAAGGAUCUGGACAGAAGAAGAAAGAAGCCAAACAAGAUGCUGCAAAGCAUGCCCUCGAAAAGUUGGAAAAUGAUGAAUCAGUUAAUACAGAAACAAGUUUGCCAUCUUCUGCCAGUUUAUCACUUGUCACUCAAGCCAACUUCAUCUGCUGGCUGAAUGAAUACUCCCAUAAGACAAAAUUAGCUUUCAUUCCGACGGAAACCACCAAGAUGUGUCCGGGCUCUAACAUCCAACUCUGUUUAUAUGCCUGUAAGUACGUCUGCGGUGAUAGAGAAUUCCCUGAAGCUACUGGCAACAGCAAGAAAGAGGCCAAGGAGGCAGCAGCCAAGCUUGUUCAUGAGAUCCUUACCAAACAGGUUGACGAAAAUGCCAAUGGAGAAGAAAAUCCAAAUAUCCAAAACCUCAGUCUACACCGUCAACAGCUGAGCACCACUACAGACAUGGAGAGCACAUCAUCAGGCAUGAACUAUAUUGGGCGCCUUAAUGAAUACUGCCAAAGAUUUAAACAAGUGUGUGAUUUCAAACCUGUGGAAAAAAAGGGGCCUGCACAUGUUCCUGAAUUUGUAUACAGGGUCGUCAUAAGUAAGAAUGAAUAUCCCGAAGGACAUGGGAGGACUGUGAAAGAGGCAAAACAAAAAGCAGCUCAGCUCGCCUGGAGUGAACUUAGUUUGGGUUUAAGUAGUCAGAAUUCAUCGCUGUCCUCAAUGAGUGAGUCACAAGUGAGUGUGACUGUGAGUGCCAGCAUGUCUCCACCGUCGUCUUUUGUACCAGAGACACCCGUCAAACAAAAAAGACAGCUCGCUGCAAACUUUCAGAAUUCACCAGUAAACAAUAAAAAGAGUCCCACUGCCUCUAGCCCAUCAACAAAGAGUCCCACUGCCUCCAGCCCUUCAACAAAAUCGAGGUUUUUAGAGGAGUUUGAUACAAUAUGUAGAGUUGGCAAGGGAGGAUUUGGUUCUGUUUUCAAGGCCAGGCGAAAGCUUGAAGAUACUUUCUUUGCUGUCAAGAUAGUGAAGUUUAAUGAGAAAGCUCGCAGAGAGGUCAACGCUUUGUCCCGUCUUGUCCAUGUUAACAUAGUGCGUUACCACACAUCGUGGACCGAGGCGACAAAGUACAGAGAUGAAACAUCAGACACUUCCAGCGAUUCACUCCCUGACAGUGGAUCAAAAUACCUUUACAUUCAGAUGGAAUUCUGUGAUGGAGAAACUCUUCGCAAGUGGAUAGAUGAGAGGAACGAUCACCCUGAAAAAUACCCAAAUCGGAGGCAGGAAGCCACAGACAUAAUAAAGCAAGUCUUGGAGGCAGUGAAACACAUCCACGCAAAUCAGUGCUUCCACAGGGACCUGAAGCCACUAAACAUAAUGUUUGGACACGAAGGACGUGUGAAGGUGGGAGAUUUUGGACUCGUUUCCAGAGAAGAGAAAGAUGAGGAUGGACAUCUGCUCGAACGCACGCAGCAAACUGGGACUUUUUCUUAUAUGAGCCCAGAACUGAGACAACACCAGAAAGACUAUGGCAGAAAGGUGGAUAUUUAUGCUGUAGGCCUUAUUUUCUUCGAGUUGCUUUGGCGGUUUGGAACAAUGGCUGAAAGAGGAGAGCAAUGGGACAAUAUCCGAAGUAAGAAUUUUCCGGAGGAAUUCUCCAAAACGUUCGAUUUCGAACACAAGAACAUUAAAAAAAUGUUGUCUGAAAAUCCUGUGGAACGACCAGAAGCCAGCAACCUGCUCAUAAAGCUGGACCAACUCUCAGCCACCACAGCCUCAACAAAGUACAAUGUACACAAAGAAAACAGAACAUACUGAUGGGUGAACUUCUGUCUCACACUUGAACUCUGUGUAAAAAAAACGAAAAAAUAUCAUCAUGUAGAAAGCUUCCAUGUGGCACUCUGAUAAUAUUUAAUAACUGCAUGCUGUGAUUUGUGACUUUUGGGAGCAUUUUAUUUCUUAAUGCUAGAUCUUUUUUAAUCAUGUCAUGGAAGCACUUUAAAGUCUUAUACAGUCUUUCGAUAAAUGUUUUAACAAGGCUAGAAGUCACCUUAAUAGCCAUUUAAGGAGUAGUCUAUUAAAGUUUUGGUGAAGAAUAAACAAAACAUUUAUUUAUUUUUUGUCAAAUUAUAGCUAAAUUGUUGGCAUUGGUAUUCAGUGGUAUUGUUGGUGGUAUAUUGGACAUGGUGUUCUAUCAGAAUACACUUAUGAAUUAUUGUUUCAUAUUUCUGUUUUUAGAAACCGUAAGGAGAAAGUCAAUUUGAAAGUCAAAUUUUCUUGCAUUUCUUAUGAUGAAGCAGUAAAGAUGUUGCUAGGUCCUUGUUGUCUACGAAAUUAUACGUCAUACUGUUUAUAAUUCAGUAUGGGUUAUACUAGAUGCAUUCAAAUAACAUAAGAAGGAGAUAUUAACUUUAUUUGUUUAUAAUACUGUAUGUGUUUAUUAUUCUGAUCAAUUGUGAUAUACACUAUAUUGUCAAAAGUUUUGGGACACCCCUCCAAAUCAUUGUUUUUCAGGCGUUGGGUUCGGCCACUUUAGUUCCAGUAAAAGGAACUCAAGACUUUUUGGACAAAUUCAUGCUCCCAACCUUGUGGGAACAGUUUGGGGAUGACCCCUUCCUGUUCCAACAUGACUGCACACCAGUGCACAAAGCAAGGUCCAUAAAGACAUGGAUGAGUGAGUUUGCACAUUAAUUUAGUAUAGAGUUGGCCUUUUGGGUUUCAUUUCCUUUCUCCUAUUAGUGGAAUCUGAUUUUGUGAAUCAAAAAACACUUCUUUCUAAACCUGUUCAAUAAAGAAUACAUCCCACAAAGACAGCUUGGACUG